CGGCCCCGCCCCUCCGGGUUGCUAGGGGAAGUGACGUCACAGCGCGAUGGCGGCGGCUCCUUCAGGCAGCUGAAGGGGGAUUUAGGCCCGGAAGAUCCGAGUCCAUCCGCGGCGGGGAGAGGGCGAGCGGGGCCGGCAGGGGCCGGAGCAGGGGCGGCGGUGCUCGGACUGUCCCAUCCGCCCCGUAUUGAGGCGCUGGGAGCGGCGGGGCGGCCGGAAAGCGAUGGUGAAAGUGGGGCCGUGAGGGGGGCGGAGCCGACAGCCGGACCCGCAGUAGCGGCAGCAGCGGCGCCGCCUCCCGGAGCUCAUACCCAGGAAGCGGCCGGGAGGGCAGGAGCGAGCCGGGCAGCGCCGCCAUGGAGCUGAGAGUCGGGAACAGGUACCGGCUGGGCCGGAAGAUCGGCAGCGGCUCCUUCGGAGACAUCUAUCUCGGUACGGACAUUGCUGCAGGAGAAGAAGUUGCCAUCAAGCUUGAAUGUGUCAAAACCAAACAUCCUCAGCUUCACAUCGAGAGCAAAAUCUACAAAAUGAUGCAGGGAGGAGGUAUGUUCUUUACCUAUUUUUCUUCUAAGCCUCUGAUUAGUCGUAUUGAAUACAUUCAUUCAAAGAACUUCAUUCACCGAGACGUGAAGCCAGACAACUUUCUCAUGGGGCUAGGGAAGAAGGGCAACUUGGUCUACAUCAUCGACUUUGGGCUGGCCAAGAAGUACCGGGACGCAAGGACCCACCAGCACAUCCCCUACCGGGAAAAUAAAAACCUCACAGGGACGGCGCGGUAUGCCUCCAUCAACACCCACCUCGGCAUUGAGCAAUCUCGAAGAGAUGACUUGGAGUCUUUGGGUUAUGUGCUGAUGUACUUCAACCUAGGCUCUCUCCCCUGGCAGGGGCUGAAAGCUGCCACCAAGAGGCAGAAGUAUGAAAGGAUUAGUGAGAAGAAAAUGUCCACUCCCAUUGAAGUGUUGUGUAAAGGCUACCCUUCUGAAUUUGCCACAUACCUGAAUUUCUGCCGCUCCUUGCGUUUUGAUGAUAAACCUGACUACUCAUACCUGAGGCAGCUCUUCAGGAACUUGUUCCAUCGCCAAGGCUUCUCCUAUGACUAUGUGUUUGACUGGAACAUGCUGAAGUUCGGUGCCAGCCGGGCUGCUGACGAUACUGAGCGAGAACGGCGGGAUCGAGAGGAGCGGCUGAGACACUCCCGGAACCCAGCCACCCGUGGCCUCCCUUCCACGGCCUCUGGCCGUCUGCGGGGCACCCAGGAAGUGGCUCCCCCCACACCUCUCACCCCUACCUCACACACGGCUAACACCUCUCCUAGGCCUGUCUCUGGCAUGGAAAGGGAGCGGAAAGUGAGUAUGCGGCUGCACCGUGGGGCCCCUGUCAACAUCUCUUCAUCUGAUCUCACGGGCCGACAAGAUACCUCUCGCAUGUCCACCUCACAGAUUCCCGGUCGGGUGGCUUCCAGUGGUCUUCAGUCUGUCGUGCACCGAUGAGAACUCUCCUUCUUGCUGUGAAGGGCAGACAAUGCAUGGCUGAUCUACUCUGUUACCAAUGGCUUUACUAGUGACGCGCCCCCCCGGUCUAGAACCGAAGCGUUAACCGGGACCUCUGCAGGCCACUCACCCAGCGAUGCUCAUGGGGGAAACAAAACACAAACUAAACGGACAGACUCCAAGAGCUGCCAUCACCGGGGCCACCAAGGCCCCCCACGGGAACUCAGUUGUAACGGGGCUGGGAAGAAAAGCAGAGAGUGAGAGACGUUUGCAGAGAGACUCAGACUCCCCUGCAGUGGUGGUAAACCUGUGCUCCCUGACAAUUCCACUGUAACUACCAAUCUUCUACUUGGUUAAGACAGUUUUGUAUCAUUUUGCUAAAAAUUAUUGGCUUAAAUCUGUGUAAAGAAA